AUGCACGCUGCCAAUUUGCAGGCCUGGUACCACUGCGCAGUGCAGCGCGCUGAAUGCCGAUCUGCACCCACCGAGGAGAUCUGCUGCUUGGGCUGCUGCUGCCGGCGCUGCAUCGGACUCCCUGCGGCCUUCCGGAGGCCCAAAGUGCGCCUGGUGCCCCGGAAAGCGAAAGAAGCGUCCAGUGACACGGAGUCCACCACCUCCUUGUCCUCGGAUGAGGAGUCCGACGCCCCCAUGGCACCGCAAGCGCCGGCGCAACGGCCAGAGGUGAACUUUGUGCAGGGCGAGGUGUCCGACCGGACGCUCUACUGCGGGAACCUGGGGGGCGAGGCCAGCGUCGCGGACGUGCGGGAAGCGUUCCAGCAGCGGUUCCGGCUGCUGCCUGCCUUCCAGGAGAAGUAUCUCAAGCACGGCGUUUCGCACGUGGUUGUGCAGGUAAACAUGGGCAAAGGCCGCGGCAACUUUGCGUUCAUCACCUUCUUUGACCCGCAACUCGCCAGUACCGCUCUGCUCUUCAACGGCAUGAGUCUCUGCGGCCGGAGGCUGGUCAUCACCUGGCCCAUGGAUUACACGCCGCCCCACGACGGCGCUUUGCCGGGCCUCGACGUCGCGCCGCUGCGGCGCCUGGGGAUGCUGCCGCAGGCGCCCAGGGACCGGCGGCCGGAUCGGCCGGAUCGAGGGCCGGAUCUGGGCAAGGCAGCGCGGGCGACGUCCAAGGCGAGGCCGAAGCCGAAGAGCCUUCGGCACAUCUUCAUUGGCAACAUGCCGGAGGGCCAGGAUUCCAUGCAGGAGGUCAGCGAGUUGGUGACCUGCUUCUGCUCAGAGCUGCCCUCCUUCCGGCAGGAGCUGGGGCCUGCCAUGCUGGGUGCAGCGCCGAGAGGGGGUGGCUGGCUGGUGGAGAUGCAGAGCCCAGAGCUGGCCAUGGAAGCGGCCAGGUGCCUGCGGGAGGUGAUUCUAAGUGGCCGGACACUCUCAGUGUACCUGACCUUCGGCCGAGAUUUGGACAUCUCGAGCGCGGGUGGCUGA